CUAAUGGAAUCAUUGAGGCAGCUGGUAGGAUUGGAAGGGGGGAAUUACGCUGUUUGGAAGCUCAACGAUGAUCAAAGAUUUAUUGAGUGGAUAGAUUGUUGUUGUGCUGGAAUUGAGAUGACCAACAUUAAUGGCGGAGAAGAGCUUCAUUUUCCAGUUUCUCCGGUUCUUCCUUGUAGGGAUGUUAUAAUUCAGCAUCCAAGAACUGAAUCUUGUGAACUUCUUUCUCAGCUUCCUUCUUCUAUUCCCCUAGACUCCGGGAUUAAUCAUGCACAGACCUUGAUUUCAAACCAUCCAAGUUGGAUAAACUUCUCUAGUAGCUCACAUGGAGAUCUUAUGAAGGAAACAGUUUGGACUAGGGUCUUGAUACCAGUGGUGGGAGGAUUGGUUGAGCUGUUAGCAACUAAAGAAGUACCUGAAGAUCCACAUGUGAUUGAUUUUAUCACAACGCAAUGCAGCAUAUCAAUGGGGCAGGAAGCUGCAAUGGUUACUACAAGCAACAUGGAUGCUAAUUUCUCAUCACCAGUUAAUAAUGUGCAUGAAAAUGGACGGUCAGAUUCAAUCUCGGAUUGCAGUGACCAGAUUGAUGAUGAGGAUGAUGCCAAGUAUCGGAGGAGAACUGGGAAGGGACCUCAAGCUAAAAACCUUGUAGCUGAGAGGAAAAGAAGGAAGAAACUUAAUGACAGGCUUUAUGCUCUUCGAGCUUUGGUUCCGAAAAUUUCAAAAAUGGAUAAAGCUUCAAUCCUUGGUGACGCAAUAGACUUUAUAAAGGAUUUGCUAAAGGAAAUAAAAGAGCUUCAAGAUGAACUGGAGGAGAAUUCAGAUGAUGAAGGGAGCGCCAAGAACAAUAAUACAAGCAUGAAUGUUAACCAGAACAUCGUGAAGCCAGAAAUUUUCAGUCAAAGUGGUGGGUUUCAUUUGGGUGCAACUGCUUCAGGUAAUAGCAGUACUCUUCCUAAAGUUCAGAAUCAAGACCUAGAAAUCACUAAUGACAAGACACAACAAAUGGAGGUGCAAGUUGAAGUGGCUCCAUUAGAUGGUAACGAGUUCUUUGUUAAAGUGUUUUGCGAAUACAAGCCUGCUGGAUUUGUAAAAUUGAUGGAAGCUUUGAAUUCAUUGGGUCUGGAAGUGACAAAUGCGAAUAUAACCCGUUUUAGGGGACUUGUUUCAAAUGUUUUCAAAGUGAAGAAAAUGGAUAACGAGAUGGUUCAAGCUGAUCAUCUGAGGGAUUCAUUGCUGGAGCUAACAAGAAACCCGUCUAGAGUAUGGCCUCAUGAGAUGGCAAAAACUUCAGAAUGCAUCAAUGGAGUGGAGUAUAAUCCUCCUCCUCCUCCUCCUCAUCAUCAUCAAGAGCACCACCUUCACAAUCACCAAAUGAGUUUCCACCACCUUCACCAGUAA